CGCCAGUCUAAGGUUGAAUAUGAGAUCGUGAAUCAAAGACUUUAAAAGUCGCCCGCCGCCGGAGUACUUGUGACGAACACACCACCGGAGCAAUUCCUGACGAGAAUGUCAUCCCAUAAGUCGCAGCUUGCUGCCACCGCUGUGCUAUCGGGAGCUGCAGUCGCAGGCGCUAUAUUCGGCUACCAGGCAUACAAGCGAAAAGAGGCGGUGUCGGAGCUCAAGGAUUCCAUCCCGGACAUUAACGAGCGACACCAUGCAGAGAAGCUGACAGAGUUCGGGGGGGCUUCGAUCCCGUCGCAUCUGAGCCAGGAAGAUCAGCGCAGUGCAGCUCUUGCGCGCAGGGCGCAACAAGGCGAUUACGACGAUGACCUGAUCCUCGAACAACUUGCCCGAAACCGCGUUUUCCUCAACGAUGAAGGCCUUGCGAAACUCCGCUCCUCGUUCGUGAUAGUGGUUGGAUGUGGUGGUGUUGGAUCGCACGCGGCCGCCUCCCUCGCUCGCUCGGGCGUGGCCAAACUCCGUCUGAUUGACUUCGACCAGGCGACGCUUUCCUCGCUGAACCGACACGCCCUCGCCACCCUGGCCGACGUGGGAACCCCCAAGGUGCACUGCAUCCGCCGGCGGCUCGAGCAGAUCACGCCCUGGACGCAAUUCGACUGCCGCAACGAACUCUUCGGUGGAGACGUCGCCGACAACCUGCUGGCCCCGUGGACCUUCGAGGGUCCCGACAAGGGCCGCAAACCCGACUACGUCCUCGACUGCAUCGACAACAUCACCUCGAAGGUCGAACUCCUGCACUACUGCCACGCGCACUCCAUCCCCGUCAUCUCAUCCAUGGGCGCCGGAUGCAAGUCCGAUCCCACGCGCGUGACCGUCGGCGACAUCUCCGAGAGCACGGACGACCGGCUCUCGCGCAGCACCCGCCGCCGCCUAAAACUGCUCGGCGUGAACUCCGGCAUCCCCGUGGUCUUCUCGACCGAGCGCCCGGGCCCUGGCAAAGCGACGCUCCUGCCCCUCGCGGAGGACGAGUUCUCCAAGGGCGAGGUCGGCGAGCUCAGCGUGCUGCCUGACUUCCGGGCCCGCAUCCUCCCCGUGCUGGGCACCAUGCCGGCCGUCUUCGGCUACACCGUCGCCAACCACGUCAUCUGCGACAUCGCGGGCUACCCCAUCGACUACAGCCUCGGGGGCGGCGGCAAGGGCCGCGAGAAGCUCUACGACGGCAUCCAGACGGCCCUGCAGGGGUUCAUGGAGCGGUUGACGCGCGUCGACGCCGGGCGGCAGAUCGUCGGUCUGCGCCUCCCCAUCAGCAAAGAGGACGUCGGGUACAUCGUGGACGAGAUCUGGCGCGGGAAGAGCGCCGUCAGCGGCCUUCCCAGCCGGCUGGUGCUGGCGCCGUGGACGCGCCCGGCCGAGGGCUUUGCGCCUGACGCGCAGUGGGAGAAGGAAGGCCAGCGAUUCAUCCGGCUGCCGCUGGCUGACCUGGUCUGCAUGACCAAGGAGGAGGCGGCGGUGCAUGAGAAACAGGUGCUUUCGGGUGCGAAGACGCUAGAGGAGGUGUACGAUGCCAGCAUCAUUGAGAAGGUGAACCGGCGACGAGCGGAGGUGGAGUACUACGAGCAGUUUCGGUAAUAACCUUUCUUUUUCCUCUGGCUGACGGAGCUUGCGUCCCUGCGACCAUUUCUCAUGAUAUUGAUGUGUUAUCUUUGUUGUAUAUUAGAAAGACAGGUUCUUAAAAUUCAGUGCACAAUACUUUUCUACUGGAUUCAGCUGGGGUUAGGGCUAGGCUAGGUAGACCUACCCAUGUUAUACAAGACAGC